AUGCAACUUUUCACCCAAAUCCGUGAAGUGUAUCAGGCAUUUACCGCGGCUAUUACCGAACAGUCGAGAGUUGAUCAACUGAACGUGGAUAGGAGUAAGAUGCUAUUUUCGUACUGCAUUUCAAUAUUUUCUGUGAUGUCAAUGUUUACAGCUGUGGUUGUGAAUCGCAUCAUGCUUUUUGCAAGUACCACUAGAAGAAAGCAACUUCCUUACAUUUCAAGAACGUUUCUCAGAUUAGUCGCCAUGUAUUUUCUAAUAAGAGCCAGCUAUGGCAUUUGCGUGUGUCUAAAGCUUUAUUAUCCAUCUACGAUUGUGAACUACAUACUUGGAUCAUCCUAUUUCAACUUUGAUCCGGCGGAAUUCAAGCAGAAAAGCUUUCUUGGAAUGUAUUAUUGCACUAAAUUAAUUGCCGCUCCAAAUGCCACAGAAGAAGCAGUAACUGAUAUAGAUAAGCAAGGAAAGGCUUUGCGGGCCGUUGUGUCAUUAUCUUCUGCAGUUUCCAGUAUGAUAGGAAAUCCUAAAAGCACAGAAAAGCUACCUGAUGCAUUAGUGGGACCUUCAACAUCAAUUCUUCGGCCUCUAUUUUUGGCAAUGUGCAUUAAUCAGAUAAUUCUCGCAUUUAUAUCAAUUACAGGCGGUGACAGGCCUUGCAGAGACAAUUCUUUAACACUAUUCGAAUAUUCAAUUGCAUUCCAAGAAACUCAAGGUCUGUCUUCACGUCCAUCAUUUGAAUUACUUGUGCUGUGCAUAUUUGAGGUUUUCAGACAGCUCCUGAAGCACACAUUUUCCAUCUUCAACUUAUUUGAUUACAGGUUGGCCUGCUCAACAGUUAUUGAAAUGACUUUUAUGGCAUUCUUUGGGCGAGUUUUAGCCACAGGCAGAAUGUUCUACCUUCCUGUAUUUGUUGUGUUUGGCUAUAUGCCGUUUGUCAUAUGCGCUCUAGUGUUCAUCUUCAGCUUGCUUAUAUAUGUCAUUGCAGGUCUUUUCAAGGGAUCCUUUGAGGAUCUUUCAAUGACGUCACUCAUUAAGAACUUCUCUGCAAUCAAUAUUUCGGCAUCGGACGAUUUUUAUACCGCAUUAACAAUGGUUAGUUCUUUUACUAUGCGAAACGCAAUUGGAAAAGGCUACUUGUACGAGAAAUCCUCAAUUUCAAUUCCCAGAGGUACUUAUCUUGAGACUGCAAAUGGCAAACUAUCCAAAUUAGUGAACUCCGGUUACGGGAAGAAACUUGAAGCAAUUGAUAAUGGAGAAGGAAAGUAUACCGGAAAGAACAGCUGGGUAAUUGCAAACAGAUUCAAAAGAAUGGGAAUGCUUCUGGUUGAGUUUGUGCAAUUUUUGGGAAUUCCGGUUCGCUCAGUUGGAAAUAAGAAGGAUGUGAAAGAAGAAUCACAUAAAACUGCCCGAAAUUUAUCCAAAGCAACCGACAUUGAUAAACUUCCAGAAGCACAUAUCGAAAAUUUGACAGAAAGCGAACUUUCUAAAGAGUACGCACACAUUUUGCUAGAAACAGAAAUUGAGAGUGACGAUGACUCACAGGAUUAUGUGCCAAAAAAAUAUGAAGAUGUCACUGAUAUCAACGACCCAUCCCAGUUCAAUGAAGAAGAGCAAAACUACCAAUUAGAAAAUCAUGCUUUCACUGAUUUAGUUGAUGUAAAAGAGUUUUGCUCACUUGUAAGACCAAGAAAUGCAGAUGACUUUAUUGAAAGUCGAAUUAUGGAAUACCAUUUGCAAAAUAUCAAUCGUCCGGCUUCUGCAUUGACAAGGUCCAGCUUCUUAAAUUAUUACAGUGAUGACUUGAAGCUGAUAGAUCUGAUUCGAGAAAGACGGUUGCAGGAAAAAGAGAAAUCGCAAUCAUUGGAAAAGAAUCAAGACACUGGAAAAUCAGAAGAUGAUAUUAAUGAACUUGGAACCUGUGUGAUUUGUCAUGUGAACUCAAGGCAGAUAAUACUAUGGCCUUGUAAGUGCUUUGCAAUUUGUGAUCGGUGCAGAAUUUCAUUGUAUAUGAGAAAUUUCAAGACGUGUGUGUGUUGCCGUUCUAAAGUUGAAAGCUACAGUAAGGUUUAUGUGCCGUAA